AUUCCUCAUCACAAAAAUUCCAAGUUUAACGGUGCCUAAAACCGGAACACUUCGCUUCUCUUCGAUUGAUCUUCUGGUUCUUUCAGCAUAGAGGAAGUGGAGCACUCCUUGUGAUGUUGGGCAGCUCUGUGAUGUGUUAAGAAACCUUCUACCCAUUUGUGUGAUCUUGGUUGGAUUCCAAAGUUAUAAGAGUUUCUGUUCUUUGUCUUUUGGCGUAAAGAAGAAGUUUGUUCUUUCAUGGGCAGUCUUUUGGCAUUCAAGGAAUUCAAAGGUAAAGGAUUUGUGCCAGAGAACUUAUAGGAUACCUCCAAGUUUCAUCUGUCAGCCUUGCAUUACUCUCUCAGGGAAUCACAUCAACAUUCUUUUGGCUACACGGAAGUUGGUUCAAGUGUCUUGUUGGUCCCAGCAGAAUGAAGGCAGAGAAUGGGGCACUGUAUCCUGUUCUUGGCCUCGCUUGCUGUAUAGCCUUCAUGUGCAUGUCCUUUCGGGGUCUGGAAUUCCAUUCUGGGGAAUCCAAAAUAAGCUUUGUGAAAAGAAGUGGGACUAACUUCAUGAUAGAUGAGAGAGCAUUUUAUGUGAAUGGCUGGAAUUCUUACUGGUUGAUGGAUCAGGCUGUGGAGGAAUUCAGCAGGCCUAGGGUCAGGAAAAUGUUUCAUACUGCUGCAAAGAUGGGUCUCACUGUCUGUAGAACUUGGGCCUUUAAUGAUGGUGCCCACAAUGCCCUGCAGGUUUCUCUCGGUCGUUUCGAUGAAAGGGUCUUUAAGGCAUUGGAUUAUGUCAUUGUGGAAGCCCGUAAACAUGGAAUUAGGCUGCUUCUCAGCCUGGUCAAUAAUUUAGAGCAUUAUGGUGGGAAGACACAGUAUGUUAAAUGGGCAUGGGAGGAAGGCAUUGGAUUGAGCUUUUCGAAUGAUUCCUUCUUCUUUGAUCCAACCAUUCGCCGCUAUUUUAAGAUUUACCUGAAGACUAUCUUGGCAAGGAAGAACCACCUGACUGGAAUUGAAUACAGAGAUGAUCCCACCAUCUUCGCAUGGGAGUUGAUGAAUGAACCACAGUGUAUUUCUGAUGCAUCUGGUGACACUCUCCAGGAUUGGAUCGAGGAGAUGGCAGAAUAUGUGAAGUCGAUUGACAAGAAGCACCUUCUGACAAUUGGACUCGAGGGUUUUUAUGGCCCUACAAGCCCUCCAGAGAAGCUGAGUAUGAAUCCUGGAGAAUGGUACAAAACUAUAGGAUCAGAUUUCAUCCGUAACUCGAAGAUCUCAGCCAUUGACUUUGCCUCCGUGCACAUUUAUCCUGACCAAUGGUUAUUAGAAGCAGCACUUGAUGAAAAAUUUGAGUACAUUUCCAAAUGGAUGACCUCUCACAUUGAAGAUGGGGAUAGAGAGCUAAAAAAGCCUGUCUUGUUCACUGAAUUCGGGCUUUCAAACAGGAACAAGAACUUUGAUCACUCACACCGAGAAGCAUUCUGCAAGUCUAUUUUUGACACCAUAUAUGCAUCUGCAAGGAUGAAUGGGGCUGGGGCAGGUGCCUUCAUCUGGCAAUUCUUGGUACCAGGCAUGGAAGAAUACAAUGAUGAUUUUGGAUUCAUCCCUGGGGAGAGGCCAUCAAUUGAUAGGCUGAUAAAGGAGCAGUCAUGUCGGCUAAUGGCUUUGCAACGCCGGCAUGACUUGUCGAGAAGAAGUUCCAAAGGAAUAUGCUAAAGGAGAUCAUAGAACUUGAAUAUCAUUUCUUUCCUCUACUUUUCAUUUAGACCAUUGUUUUGGUGAAAGAUGGGGCACUUUCUCAUGGUCUGAAAUUUGCUUAUUGGAGAGCAAACAGCCCUGUGAAUUUAUUCCUUUGGUUAUUGUUCUUUUGACUUCACUCUACUCCUCUGGAAGUGUAGUAGUACGGUUGCACACUUUCAAAAAAAAAAGAAAAAAGAAAAGAAAAGAUAGAUGUUC